UGAACUUCAGAUCUCCUCCCCUCCCCCCUCCCACCGCUGUCAGUCCGCCGAGAGCUGCGGGUGCAAUGGAGAUCAGCUUUGCCGGGCGCCGAGCUCUGGUCACCGGGGCAGGGAAGGGGAUCGGCCGGGCCACGGUGAAGGCGCUGCGGACUGCCGGAGCAGCGGUGAUCGCUGUGAGCCGCAGUCCAGAAGACCUGGAGAGCUUGGCCCGGGAGUGUCCUGGAGUGGAGACGGUCUGUGUGGAUCUGGGGGACUGGUCAGCGACCGAGGCUUCCAUGAAAUCAAUCGGGCCGGUGGACCUUCUUGUGAAUAACGCGGGAGUGGCUCUCCUGCAGCCGUGCCUUGACAUCACGCAAGAAGCAUUCGAUAAGAGCUUUGCAGUGAACGUCAGAGCUCCAAUUCUCGUAUCUAAGAUUGUGGCGCGUCAGAUGGUUGAGCAUGGGGUACCCGGUGCCAUUGUCAACGUUUCAAGCCAGGCGUCUCAGGUGGCCUUACAAGAUCAUGCGGUAUACUGUGCGACAAAAGGAGCCCUUGACAUGCUAACAAAAGUGAUGGCGCUUGAACUGGGUCCAAAAAAGAUCCGUGUCAAUUGCGUGAACCCCACAGUGGUAAUGACUGAUAUGGGACGUGCUAACUGGAGUGAUCCCCAGAAGGCCGCGCCAAUGCUAAAUCGGAUUCCCAUGAGGCGCUUCGCAGAGGUGGAAGAUGUGGUCAAUAGCAUCCUGUUCCUGCUCAGCGACAAGAGUGGGAUGACCACGGGUGCGUGUCUCCCCGUGGAUGGGGGCUACCUCAUCAGCUGAGAGGCCCGACGUGUUCCCGAAAUGUAGACAGCCCGCAACCUCUCUGCUCUUUAAU